GGGCCGGUUGCAGACGCCUCCCGAGCAACGCGCAGCUCGGUACUGCGUUCAGUGCACACGCAGCAGUUUGCGGACCUGCUUCACCUGCCUGUGAGGACUUCUUUCAUUCUGUGUUUUGCAGAAUGGAGACAGACUGUAAUCCCAUGGAGCUGAGCAGUAUGUCAGCAUUUCAAGAAGAUUCAGAGCUCAAUGGUUUUGAAGGAACUGAUACGAAAGACAUGCGGCUGGAAGCUGAAGCAGUCGUCAGCGAUGUUCUCUUUGCUGUCAAUAACAUGUUCAUCUCGAAAAGCCUGCGCUGUGCAGACGAGGUGGCCUACAUCAACGUGGAGACCAAGGAGGGCAGCAGAUACUGCCUGGAGCUCACCGAAGCCGGCCUGAGGGUGGUCGGUUAUGCUUUUGACCAGGUGAAUGAUCACUUGCAGACUCCCUACCAUGAAACAGUCUACUCCUUGCUGGACACGCUCAGCCCUGCCUACCGGGAGGCAUUUGGGAACGCGCUGCUUCAAAGACUGGAAGCUUUGAAAAGGGACGGGCAGUCCUGACCACGCUUUUCUUCUAGGGAGGCUGCUGCUGGUGCAGAAAGUGGGUGUAAAGCAUGAAAUCCCUGCAUAUGAUCAUAGUAGAAAAUGCAUCUUUGCUUUUGUCUUUAUCACUUCUUGCUUCACAUUUAGGCUUUUGACUCAGAACAGUAUUGAUUAAAGAUUCUCUUUGUUAAUGUCUGAUUCACUAAGGGAAUUCUGAGUCCACUGCUGUGAAACCAUCACCAAGAUACCAACAUUUGUUCAUCGAGGAUCCCUGCAUUUCAAACCCUAGCCAGCAUUUCGUUCUUUAUCCCAGGGCUUUGAUGCAGCCAGCACUGUCUUUUACAUAGGAAAUUAGAGAUUUGCACAGAAAUAUUGAAAUUAUAAUUGCCUAACUUCAAACUUUGAUUCAGCUUGCUAAAUCAGGGGUUUACUACUAGCUUGGACUGACUUUGUAGUCAUUAUUUUGCUACUGGCCUUACUGGAAACAUAUCAGCUAGUUUCCCCCGCACAAAUAUUGAAAUUCACCGCUACAAUUAAACUCUUUAUAUUACUAAUAGGGGUUGAUAAAGGUGAAUUAAUUAUGUAUUACUUAGCUAGUGUUAAAUGAAAAGCAGGCACUGAAACAGUUCUGUAUUCCUUAUUUGCAGUAGUCAGCCAGCUAAGCAGAGGACAAGCCGUUAGCAAAUGAAUGUAAUAAUUACUUGUUUCCAAGAUCUCUAAGCACAUAAGCAAAGACAGGAACAGACUCCAUUCUUUAACAAAAAGCACCUUCAGCAUAUAUAAUUUAGAAGAAGGAAGAUUCUGUUUCCUAGAAGAGUAUUUUGGCCUGUGUUGAUUCUCACUCUGAACGCUGUUUACAUAAUGUACAGUUUGUCUCAGAAAGUCUUCUGCUUCAUCGUUUCCUCCUGUGAUGGGGGGCUUUGGCGUUCCCACGGGCUCCUCCUUCCCCAGCAGAUGUGCAGCGCUCUGUCUCAUGCUGAGUCUGCAGUGUAACAUGAGCGCAUUGCAUAGGUUUGAAACCAAAGGGUGAAUGAAGCACUCAGAGACUUCAUAUUUGAAAAAUGGAAACUCUGUAUUUUAUAUUUUAUUACUGGCACUAACAUUUGUAAACUUGGUGAACUGCACCAUGCUGCUACAUGUCUUCAAGUACACAUUGAACAAUAAUGAUUAGGGGGUUGCUUUUUGAGUCGUCACCUGAAGCAGCAGCUGUAGAAAUGUUGAGCUGAAAUUCUGCAUCUGGACACACCUUCAUAAAUUUACUUGCAGACUUUCGUGUUGUUUUUAAAAACUAGGUAUUUUUAGGCCCUGAAGAUCCUGUAGACCAGAGCAAGUUCAAGUUCAGUAUGCAGGACUGUUCACUGUCGGAUGUCACUGGAAUGCUUGCAUCCUGUUUGGUAACACGUGUUCAUUCUCAGCUUUAUUUUCAGAUGCUUAACUGUCUGAGGAAUGAAGUCUAACUUCAGGUUGACCUUUCUCAUGCUUAAUCUCAGGCUUAAUGUAAAGAAUAUUUGUAAAGUUUGAAUAAAACUUGUUUACUCAUGUUAAGUGUGACGAAAAGUGAUUGUAUGUUUAAAAAUGGAAACUUCAUUUUGUGAUAAAUGACUGAUUCGAAGAGCUUCAGUUUCCAUUUUUGAAUUCUGCUGUUAUGCUUUGAUUUGAAGUGAAUGAAAGUGUUGUAUCACUAGGAGAGAGGAACAGGAGAGAGGACGUUAGUAAAACCACACAGAUGGACAGUCCAGAUAUUAGCACCUCCUUUCUACGCAGGCCAUUUAGAGAAUUUAAUCAGAUGAAUUAAACCUCGAUUUUGCUUCCAAAUUGAGGGGUGGGGGCCCACAGAACUCUCACAAAUCAAUUUUUAAAAAUGAGAAGAAUAGGCAAGUAAUGAUCAAACAACUUAGAGAAAAAUACAGAUGUCUGGUAACCACUUGAAAGUUGAUCAACCAGUAAUUAAAGGGAGGAAAAUUAAAAAUAAUUAGG